CCCGGCCCCCUGGAUCCGUCGGGGCGCCUCCACCCGGCUGUUAGCAUGAUGUCUUACCUCAAACAACCCCCAUAUGGCAUGAACGGGCUGGGCCUAGCCGGGCCGGCCAUGGACCUGCUGCACCCCUCCGUGGGCUAUCCGGCCACUCCACGGAAGCAGCGGCGGGAGCGCACUACCUUUACGCGUUCGCAGCUGGACGUACUCGAGGCGCUCUUCGCCAAGACUCGAUACCCUGACAUCUUCAUGCGCGAGGAGGUGGCCCUCAAGAUCAACUUGCCUGAGUCCAGAGUCCAGGUCUGGUUCAAGAACCGCCGCGCCAAAUGCCGCCAGCAGCAGCAGAGCGGGAGCGGGACCAAGAGCCGCCCGGCCAAGAAGAAGUCUUCCCCGGUGCGGGAGAGCUCGGGUUCCGAAAGCAGCGGUCAGUUCACUCCACCCGCUGUGUCCAGCUCGGCCUCCUCCUCUAGCUCGGCCUCCAGCGCCUCCGCCAACCCAGCGGCUGCAGCGGCGGCGGGCCUAGGCGGGAACCCGGCGGUGGCAGUCGCGUCGUCGCUGAGCACGCCGGCCGCGUCGUCCAUCUGGAGCCCAGCCUCCAUCUCGCCCGGCUCAGCGCCGGUGUCGGUGUCCGUGCCGGAGCCAUUGGGCGCACCCAGCAACGCCUCGUGUAUGCAGCGCUCGGUGGCCGCUGGCGCCGCCUCGGCUGCGGCCUCCUACCCAAUGUCCUACGGCCAGGGCGGCAGCUACAGCCAAGGUUACCCUGCGCCUUCCUCUUCCUACUUCGGCGGCGUGGACUGCAGCUCAUACCUAGCGCCCAUGCACUCACACCACCACCCGCACCAGCUCAGCCCCAUGGCACCCUCCUCGAUGGCGGGCCACCAUCACCACCACCCGCACGCGCACCACCCGCUGAGUCAGUCCUCAGGCCACCACCACCACCAUCACCACCACCACCACCAGGGCUACGGCGGCUCCGGGCUCGCCUUCAACUCCGCUGACUGCUUGGAUUACAAAGAGCCUGGCGCCGCCACUGCUUCCACUGCCUGGAAGCUCAACUUCAACUCGACCGAUUGUCUGGACUAUAAGGACCAAGCCUCAUGGAGGUUCCAGGUCUUGUGAGCCCAGGAGUGGGAGGAAGAGAAGAAAAACUACCUGCGCCCUCUGUGGUCCCCGUCCUGUUGCUGCUGCUGCACCGCCCGCCUUUGCCUCGGCUUCUCCAGAACUGAUUUUUCACGCCCU